AUGGGCGUCGGUGCCUCAGGGCACGAUGACGCAAGCACAGCGGCUGCGAAAAAGAUAGCCUCCUCUGCGCUACAAGGAGCAGUUACCAAGGCGCAAUCAGAGCAGGCCAUGAUCAUGGCCUUCAAGUCUUUCGACGCAGAUGGCAACGGCACAAUUAGCAAGAAAGAGUUCGCAGCGGUGCUCCAGAAGCUGAAUAUGAAGAUGACAUCCCGGCAGAUUGACAUGCUUUUUGGCACCGUCGAUACAGAUGAGGAUGGCUACAUUCAAUUUGAGGAGCUGUGCUGCUGGCUUUGUGGGACACCUUGCUUCAACAGGUACUUUGAAGAGCUGGGAGCCAUUCUGCGAGAGUAUGCCGAAAAGAUCAAGCCGGUUGGAAAAGGGGAUGCAAGAAUACAGAAUGCUGAGUCCGCCAACCAAUGGCUGGCGAAGGAGCUGGAGAGAAGAGUGCGGCCGACAGUGAAGGAAGUCUUCCACCAAGCCGACAGGGAUUCCAAUGGUAUUCUUACAGAAGAAGAGGGUGUUCUCCUCUUCUCGAACUAUGCACGAAUGCUCGCCAAGCACGCAGAUACCAUCAUCGAGAUUUCGAAGCGCACCUGGCUCGAAAAGGGCCAUUGGGACAAGAAGAGCUUCAAGAAGCUUGUGCCUGACUUGCACAGAAUAGUGAGCACUCAGAUAUCAGAGUAUGAGACGCACAUUGACUCAAGACACCGGGAAGCUUUCAAUGUGAUUGACAAAAACAAGGAUGGCCAUCUCAUCCUGGAGGAGGUUGUGCAGUGCUUGACUCCCGGAACAUACCGCUACCGCGAGUUCCACAAAGCACUUCAACUCUACAGCCCUGAGGGCUUCAAAGCCUUUCGUCAGCAAGUAUCCUGA